AUGCAUUUCCCAACGUUGUUCGAGUUUUCUGCGAAAUCUGUUGCCGAAGGAGUUCAUAAUGAAACAAUUUCAAUACCCUUCCUUCUGGAUGCUAAAUGUAGUGAUGUGAUUUUCAAAGAACUUCUUAGUAUCAAUCCAAAUUAUUAUUUCAAAAUAUUGGAAGACUCGAAAAAUAAUUUGAGCAUUACAAAAAUUGAUAUGAGAUGCUCAGAGGAUUUGGACAUGAGACAUCUAUCAGCAUUCAAUUUGGUGUCGCUUUCUUUGAAAAAUAUAGAAAAUCUAUAUGACCAAUUUGCAGAUAAUGACAAUUACCCAGUUAUUGAUAUUGCGUCUGCUUUGAAGGUAGCUCUCAAUGAGAAUUCGCGGAAAGAUUUGGCUCAUUUAGGUAUAACUGGAAAGGAGCGGUUUCCGAAGAAUUGGGCGAGAGAGAUUUCCAAACUUCUUCCAUCACUUCAAAGUAUCGAUAUCAGUCGAAGGAAAUUCAAUAAAUGGUCAAGAUUCCCCAACUUUUGUAUGCAUUUUCCCAAUAUCCGAGUUUUGGAUAUAUCAUCUUCUACUAUCCAAUCACUGAAAGGAAUCAAAAGUCUUCAAAACCUUGAAGUUCUGAAAAUGUGUAAUAUAGAUAUUGGGCAUAGUAAGGGGUUCAAUGAGUUAUCAAGACUAAAGAAGUUAAGAUAUUUGGAUGUUUCAAAUACAGAAGAUCUAUCUGAUAUAGAACGAGUUAUGCCUCGGUUGGGAGUGAUGGAAAAGAUGUUGGAUGCUGGCGUCGAAAUGAAGCAAUUGCUGUUUAUUGACUGUUCUCAAACAGCUGUGACGCCAAUGGAGCUUCAAAGAUUUGCUCAAAAACAUUCGAAUUUGGAGACAGCUGUUGUAAUGGAAACAUUGGCUCAGGAUGUUGAAAUUAUUGGAGUCAACUUGUUCAAUUACAGUACAGCAUACUCAUUGCUGAAAUCUCUCAGUCUUAGUAUAUCUACUAAAAAGUCAUUUUUUAUUCAAAAAUGUCUUCGUAGACUCAUCACCUCACUAAACGUCAAUUUUGAUAUCUAUGAACGUGAUGAGCUCGAUGAUUGCUUAAAAAUGAUGCUAUCUAUUCUGGAUGAACACGAAUUUGAUGAUGGCUUGAAAGGCAUGGCGGUUCGAGCAUUGUCCAAAAUGUUUAAAACUGAGAAUCUGGACAAAUGGAGUUUUCUUGAAAUCGAGAUAGUUUUGAGACGUCUGUUCAAGAAAUGUAAAGCAAUGAAAAAAACAAUUUACACAAAUAUCAUCAACGAUUCCAUUAUAAUAACGGAUGGCGUUUUGAACUCGAUUACUGUCGGAAAGUUGUUACCGGACUCAUUGCUAGAUGUUAUAUUUCUGGAGACUUUAAAUGCGGUGACAAAGAAUUCAGAAGUGUUCGUUAAUGGAUAUCGGAUUUGGGAACGGCUUCUGAUCCAUAAAAUGAGUUGGGAGCAAUUUAAAUCAGCGUGUGAAAAUGUGAAGUACAUUAACGCAGUUGUUGAAAUGAUGGCUAUAUUGUUGGCAGAAAAUAAGUGGACUUAUUAUGGUAGAUCAGUGGAUUUUUUGAAUUUUAUGUUAGCAAGUGAAAGCAGCAAAUGGAAAAUCGUGGAUACGGAUGUGCACAUGAAGAUCAUGAGACAAUUCAAAACUCUUCAUACAUCAAAUAAUGAAUUGCAAUCUAAACUCCUGCGAAUCGUGCUAUUUUUCCAUCGAUAUUCAUUUUCUUAUAGGAAUUUGUUGUAA